AGUUGCAGUGCAGUGCAGUGCAGAGGAGUGGUGUUUGGUUUUCCCUUUCCGCCAAUCGAAAUCCGUUAUUCAUUCUGUUGAGAAUGGCGUUACCGGUGGUGGUCGACGCUGAAUACCUCAAGGAGGUUGACAAGGCUCGCCGCGAUCUCCGCGCACUCAUCGCCAACAGAAACUGCGCUCCUCUCAUGGUUCGCUUGGCUUGGCACGAUGCGGGAACUUACGAUGCCAAGACCAAGACCGGUGGACCUAAUGGUUCCAUCAGGAACGAGGAAGAGUAUUCUCAUGGCGCUAAUAGUGGCUUGAAGAAGGCUAUUGAUUUCUGUGAGGAAGUGAAGGCAAAACAUCCUAAGAUUACGUAUGCAGACCUUUACCAGCUCGCAGGUGUUGUUGCAGUUGAGGUUACUGGGGGUCCCACAAUUGACUUUGUUCCUGGAAGAAGGGAUUCAAAAAUAUCUACCAAAGAAGGGCGGCUUCCUGAUGCUAAACAAGGUGUCCCACAUCUCCGUGAUAUUUUUUUUCGAAUGGGCUUGUCUGACAAGGAUAUUGUUGCACUAUCUGGUGCACAUACACUGGGAAGAGCACAUCCAGAGAGAUCUGGUUUUGAUGGCCCUUGGACAGAGGAUCCUCUGAAGUUUGAUAACUCAUACUUUGUGGAACUUUUAAAAGAAGAAUCCGCCGGGCUGCUUAAACUUCCAACAGACGUGGCUUUAUUGGAUGAUCCUGAAUUUCGCCGUUAUGUUGAGCUGUAUGCGAAGAACGAGGAUGCAUUUUUCCGAGAUUAUGCUGAAUCGCAUAAGAAACUUUCAGAGCUAGGCUUUGUGCCAAGUUCAAAAGCGACUUCUCCUAAGGAUGGGACCAUACUGGCACAAGGUGCUGUUGGAAUUGUAGUUACAGCUGCUGUGGUGAUCCUCAGUUACUUGUACGAAGUUCGCAAAAGAGGGAAGUAGACGUGGAUUUGUUCAUCUCUCUUGGAUGUUGCGUUUGUUGAAACCCAUAAUGAGCAGUAUUGGGUUCGUUUUUGCAGUUUCUGUUCCUGUUUUCUUAGUAACCAAUAAGAAUAAUGUCACUGCCAUUAUGAGUAUAUGAAUAGACUAAAAAUACAACUGAAUGCUCCAUUUGAGAUCUACUUUUUAGUAUGUAAAUACAAUCUUCAAUAGUCCCAGUUACACGUUCUUGUACUCUGAAAUAUUAGAAAAGGAGGCUAGACAUGCUCAAAGAGACUAACAUAAUGUGUAUAUGUUAUGCUCGAGCAAAUCAGAGCUAUGAAAUCUGGGGAACAUAAUCUGGACUA